AUGACUCUUGCAAAAGAAUUUUUGCUUUUUGUUUUGUCGCUUGGCAUAUUAAUUCAAAGUGUACGUGGAGUAUUAAAGGGUGAUCUGUAUCGUUAUACUAGUAGCAAUGUUCUACCUGCUCGAGUAACACUUCGUUCAAAUAAUGUUGCUUUUUGUGAUGGUGUUGCUAUCAGUACAAAGCUUAUUUUAACAUCAGCUUCUUGUUUAAUUGACAAAUCAACAACUUAUUUAAGAAAUCCAUCAAAUAUUUCAGUUACAAUAGUUGAUGAAGAACUAAAACCUGAAACUAAAGCAACAAGAUAUAAAAUUAGUGAAAUGUUUUACCAUAAAAAUUUUACUAUAAAUCAUAAAUUACUUCCAAGAAAAGAUAUUGCUGUGUUAAAGCUUGCUGAUAAUUUUGAGUUUAAAACUUCGUCAAGAUUAGAUGCUAAACUAUCUAGCUACUCCCUCAACAUAAGUAAUACGGUAUUUAUGUAUGGACUGAAAAAUGGAAUUGAUUCAACUUCAUCAGCAAAUUUGUUUAAAGUUACAAUGACCAUUCAAUCUCCAGAAACUUGUGCAGAACCACUUGGUGACAAGAAUUAUUCAGAGUAA